UCCCCCACAAGAGCGAGAAGCCCCGGCUUCCCUGAGUUUGAACUAGGACCAGCCGGAAGUCGCUCAAGUCGCGCUGCUUCCUCACUUCAGACCGCACUGACGGAAACUCAAGCGCUGGCAGAGAGGUUCCGGAGCGAGCCCGUCUGGAGGCUGCAGAAUGGAGACCGGGACCGAGGACUGGGGACUGACUCGCCGCCCGACGCUGGCCUCUUCCUGGGAGGCCGCAUGUGGGGCCCUGACCCAGAGCCUCCUUCUCAGCCGGGCUGGGCUCGGCGCCCCGGACUUCGACUGGGAGGAGCUGCUGGCGCCGCCUGCUCCGGGCCAGGAUCUGGUGAUUUUGAAGAGAAGCCUGAGCAGCCAAGAUGAAAACCCCUGCUUCCUUUACCUGAGGUGUGACCCUAAAGGAGGUGAAGAAAUCGUUUCUAUUGGCAUUUUAAGUUCAGCAAGAAAUAUGGAGGUAUAUCUAGGAGAGGAGUACUGUGGAACCAGCAGGGGCAAGAAUGUUUGUACUGUCCUGGAUAACAGUGAUCAUGAAAAGAUUAUUUUGUACAAAAAUUAUCUAAAAUUGGAGCCUGCCACAAACGUAUGUAAAAUAAAAUUACUCUCCUUUGGCGAAAAGCAGUGUGUGUUUAUCAGUAAAGUUGUGGUACACAUGAGACUGAUUUCAGCAAAUUCUUCACCAAGUUCUCCUGCUCUAAGAUCAAGGAUAGACCUUGACAAGGUCCAAACUAUGAUGGAGUCCAUGGGGUCAAAGUUAUCACCUGGAGCUCAGCAGUUGAUGAAUAUGGUUAGGUUUCAGCAGCAGCAUUGUAUUCCCAUUGAAGAACAGAUUCAGUCGGUUUUGGGAAAUACUGCAUACAAGCAUAUCAUUGGACUGCAAUCAUCAUCUGCUUCAGGAACCUUAGACAAGUCAUCCUCCACAUCUUUUCCUUUUAGAACUGGAUUGACAUUUGGAAACAUGACUGAAAACUUAAAAGCUUACAUUGAUAAAUGUCCACAGCCACCUGGUGGAGGAAAUACUGCAUACCUUGAUGAGUGUAAAAUUGUGCCACAAAACCACUCCCUUCUUGAAAAUGAUCUUAAAAAUGUAGUAUCUUCUUUCUUACCAAAGAAAGCCAGUGACAACUCAAAUAUACCUAACUCUGAGUUGCUGCCUUUUCUCCAGAAUUUAUGUAGUCAAGUUAACCAUCUCCAUGUGGGGCAUAAUGCUGAGUGGCAGAGAAACAUCACCAAGCCCAGCGAAGCCAUUCUUGGUUUAGGAAUGGAAGAGCAGCCUGUUUGUUCAUACUUGGAAAAGAUUCUUUCUAAAAGUAUGGAACUGAUGGAAAAGAAACUUACAGACUACAUUGAUCAGCGAAUAUAUAAACUCCAGGAGCACAUAGACGAUAAGAUUGCUUUGUUAAUGGACUUGCUGCAAAAUCCCAGCUCCCCUCCCACUGGGAUGCCUCUAAGACUUUAUGACUCUGGAGAAAGACUUUCAAAUGGCGAAAGAUAAGCUGUCAACAUAUACAGUGUACUGCAGAUAUUUAUUACAUAUUUAUUACAAAGCCAGAACCCAAAAAAGUUAUGAAAAGUAUUUCAUGUCCUUUGAAGGAUUAUUAUUUUACUUAUAUAAAGUGACCUCAGUGUUCAUUUUUAUUAUACUUGUUAUUUUAAAUCCAUACUAUACACUAUUGGUUAACAUGUUACGGUCAUAAGUUAUUUUUGUUUGCAAUAUUUUUCACUCUUACC